GCGCCCAGAAGAGACUGAAGGCAAAAGACAUGCAAGAGGAGAGAGGCCGGGCGAGAGUUUGAUGAAGACGCGAUCACGGAGCGGCGAAUACAAGGACUGUCCUACAAUUUAAACUGGCGCCGGGCAUCACAGCGGACAGCAUCGCCUCUUUUACAUCACUGUGUUUGGAUUUUUAUAAUAUAAGUCAUUCAAAUACAUCACGGGAUCGCGUUAAUAAGGUUGUGUUUGUGUGACAGCUGACCAGCCAUGAUCAUGAACGCCUCUGAUCUGGCCUGGGAUGAGUCGUCAGGUGCAGCAGAGCCCUUCUUCCCUGUGGACCAGCUGGAUAGCCCAUCAUCAUCAUCAUCAUCAUCAUAUGAGGUCCCUCCCCUCACUGUGUGGGGCGUGGCCCUGUGUGUUUCGGGAACUCUUAUUGCUGCUGAGAACGCCAUCGUGGUCACCACCAUCUUGGCCACCCCGUCUCUGCGGGCCCCCGUGUUCCUGCUGCUGGCCAGCCUCGGCCUGGCUGACCUCCUGGCAGGUGUUGCCCUCAUCCUCCACUUCCUCUUCCUCUUCUGUGUGGAGCCCAGUGACUGGUCAGAGCUGCUCACUUCAGGACUGCUGGUCACAUCACUGACCGCCUCACUCUGCAGCCUCAUGGGCGUGGCUCUGGACAGGUACCUGUCAUUAAGCCACGCCCUCACCUACGGCUCGGGCCAAUCACGUCGCAGGGCGGCCAUCCUCCUGCUGCUGGUCUGGUUGGGCGCGUGCGUCAUCGGUGCUGGACCAGCGAUGGGGUGGCACUGCCUUGGGGAGCCAGACUCCUGCUCUGUAGCCCGACCUCUGACUCGGACAUACCUCUCGCUGCUGUGUGGUGGCUUCCUGGUGGUUGUCAUGGUUACCCUGCAAUUGUAUGCCGGGAUCUGCCGCGUGGCGAGGCGGCACGCGCACGCCAUCGCUACCCAGAGGCACUUCCUGCCAGCCACCCACUCAUAUGCAAGUAAACACAGCAGUGGCAGGGGCUUCUCUCGCCUGAUCCUGGUGCUCAGCGUGUUUGUGGGCUGCUGGAUGCCUUUCUCCCUGUGGGGGCUGCUCGGAGACGCGUCCAGCCCUCCUCUGUACACCUAUGCCACCUUGGUGCCAGCAGCUGGCAGCUCCCUGCUCAACCCCAUCCUCUACAGUCUGAGAAAUAAAGACAUUCGCAAGGUGCUGCUUCAGGCCUGCUGCCCCAACAGAUGCACUAAUAACACACACAUACACCAUCCAGUCGAUGUGUAGACUGCCAAACAAAUCAAACCAACAUAAAACAAAAUAAAAUCUAUGCUAGACAUAUCACUGAUCGUGUGCCAAGACACACACAUAGCUGCUUUGACUGUGGACCAGAUCCAGAACAUGAAGCCUCACUCUCUCUCACACACACACGCACACACACACUCCCACACACAGAGGCAGCACUUUUCUGAGAGCAGAUGUCCUCCUGCAGAUCAGAAUGUACUGGACUGUCCUGGCAGGCCGAGGUCUUGGAACAGAGAUUUAAAAAAGAAAAAAAACGUACUGUAUUGUGUGUACUUUGUGCCUCAUUCCCAAUGAACUGUAGCUCCCCCGAAUCCCCAGAAUGAAACAAUCAAAAAGAUGUUAUAUGUAUAUUUGCAGCUCCAGAGAAACGUAAGGGACAGUGACAAUCGGCAUCUCUACAUGUUUGUCAUGAAUGCCAUUUUCAUUCCAGUGUCUAUUGACUUUGCCAAAAAUGUGCUAAGUGGUUUAAAUAAUAAAACUAAAAGAUGAGUUUUCUUGAAAUGUCCCCGUUACUAGUACAACAAUAGAGAAUUGCAGUGGUCUCUUAAUUCUUUCAGAGCAAUAUACAUAUGUACUUAAAAAAAAAAGUGGAUUUUAAAUGACCAUCUGCACUUAAGGCGAAAGAACGGAUGGAUUUUACUUUUUAUAUGUGAGCCUGUCACAGUGUACCGAGAUAAGAUCCAAAGGCCACUUUUUAUUUACUUGAAUGUCUAGAUAACGGUGUUCUAGAUCUUUGAGAUUCUAUUUUGCACAUGCUGUCAAAGGCACUUUGAAAGGUACUGACCAUAAAUUCAUGUUGCACAACCUUUUUGAGAUGAAUGUUUUAUAUGGAUGAAUAAAGAAUAUGCUCUUUUCUACUGCA